GGCGGAGAGAAGAAGAUGUAAGUUCCGCUCACGGGUAGGGCGUUCUCGGAGGUAGGGCGUCGCGACGUGAGGCCUUUGCACCGUAGGGUGCAGCCCGCACAUCGGCUCUCACCAGCCCGGCGGGAAAAAGCCGGCCCCCGGAAUGCGACCAAGUGCCAGAGAAUAACAGUUUAGAGGUCCAAGAUGUCCAAUCUGAGGAUAUUUGCAAUGAAUCAUAAGAAAAUAUCCAGCUUGCACAUUAACAAUAUGUGUUCCUCUAAAAUAAGAGCAAGUCUAAAAAGAUUAAGGCUACAUGUGCUUCUUGGAAGAAAUUACAGUUCCCUACCAGGUACAAAUGUUAGAUUCUUCUCAUUUUACUUAAACUGCUUGCUUGCUUUCUCCCUUUUCUCUCUGUCUGUCUGUCUCUCUCUAUCUCUCUCUCUCUCUCUGUCUCUCUCUCUCUCUCUGUCUCUCUCUCUCUUUCUCUUUCUCUCUGUCUCUCAUUUGCAAGCAUCUCCCUUAUUAGGGGUCUCCAACCAUUUUGAAAACAGUGGCUCCCUUUUACUUCUUGGCUAUUUCCUUGAGAUUAUUAGGAGUUGGCGUAUUCUGAUAGAUGCUAGGAGGUAGUACCAGUACACUUAUGUUCCUCAUCUGCUGUCCAUCCUCAUGAGCUGAGCAAAGGGAAGGGUCGGCUCAAAGGUUUAGCAGGUUUAAUAGGAAAUGAUAUCAAGUCCCUUCAUUCCAUCAUCAAUCCUCCUAUUGCUAAAAUCCGUAAUAUUGGAAUUAUGGCUCAUAUUGAUGCAGGAAAAACUACCACCACAGAAAGAAUAUUGUAUUAUUCUGGAUACACAAGAUCACUGGGAGGUUAGAAUGGAUUCCUCCUCUCACCCUGCCCCCCAUUAGAAAAAACAUCAGUGGAAAAUAUUUUGAUUAAGAAGUCAACCUAGAGAUCUUGCAUAUGGCAUGGAGGCACUGCUGUCUAAACCACAACAUAAAGUUAAGAUGUUGAUGACGGAGACACAGUGACAGAUUUCAUGACUCAAGAGCGAGAACGAGGCAUAACUAUUCAAUCAGCUGCUGUUACAUUCGAUUGGAAGGGGUAUAGAAUCAAUCUAAUUGAUACACCAGGUCAUGUGGACUUUACCUUGGAGGUUGAGCGCUGCCUAAGAGUGUUAGAUGGUGCAGUGGCUGUGUUUGAUGCCUCUGCUGGUGUAGAGGCACAAACUCUUACAGUAUGGAGGCAAGCUGAUAAGCACAAGAUACCUCGAAUCUGUUUUUUAAACAAGAUGGACAAAAUUGGAGCAAGUUUUAACUAUGCAGUUGAAAGCAUCAGAGAGAAGUUGAAGGCAAAGCCUUUGCUUUUACAGUUACCAAUUGGUGAAGGCAAAACUUUCAAAGGAGUGGUGGAUGUAGUAAGUAAAGAAAAACUUCUUUGGAAUCCCAAUUCAGAUGAUGGAAAAGACUUUGAGAGAAAACCCCUCUUGGAAAUGAGUGAUCCUGAAUUGCUGAAGGAGAUAACGGAAGCAAGAAAUGCCUUAAUUGAACAAGUUGCAGAUUUGGAUGAUGAAUUUGCUGACUUGGUUUUAGGAGAAUUUAGUGAGAAUUUUGAUUUGCUACCGGCUGAAAAGCUACAAACUGCAGUACACAGAGUAACACUGGCUCAGACAGCAGUGCCUGUGCUUUGUGGAAGUGCCCUGAAAAACAAAGGGGUCCAGCCCUUGUUAGAUGCUAUUACUAUGUACUUGCCUUCACCUGAAGAACGCAACUAUGAAUUUCUGCAGUGGUAUAAGGGUGACUUAUGUGCCCUGGCAUUUAAAGUUCUCCAUGACAAGCAGCGAGGCCCACUGGUUUUUAUGCGCAUUUACUCAGGCAUGAUAAAACCCCAAUUGGCCAUCCAUAAUAUUAAUGGAAACUGCACGGAGAGAAUAAGUCGUCUGCUUUUGCCAUUUGCUGACCAGCAUGUAGAAAUCCCUUCACUGACUGCUGGUAACAUUGCUUUGACUGUUGGGCUUAAACACACUGCCACUGGUGACACCAUUGUCUCAUCCAAGUCCAGCGCAUUAGCUGCAUGUCGUCGAGCGGAAAGGGAGGGAGAAAAGAAGCAUAGACAAAACAGUGAAGCAGAGAGGCUUUUGUUGGCUGGGGUGGAGAUUCCAGAACCUGUUUUCUUCUGUACCAUAGAACCUCCAUCCAUGGCUAAGCAGCCAGAUUUGGAUCAUGCAUUGAAAUGCCUUCAGCGUGAAGAUCCCAGUUUGAAAGUGAAGCUAGAUCCUGACUCUGGACAAACUAUCCUUUGUGGCAUGGGGGAGUUACAUAUUGAGAUAAUUCAUGACCGAAUCAAGAGGGAAUAUGGACUGGAAACCUAUCUAGGGCCCCUCCAGGUGGCAUACCGAGAGACCAUCCUAAAUUCAGUUCGUGCCACAGAUACCUUAGAUAGAACUUUAGGAGACAGACGGCAUCUUGUGACUGUAGAACUGGAAGCAAAAUCACUGGAAACAUCAUCUCUUCUGCCAGUCAUCGAGUAUGCAGCAAGUGUUGCCGAAGACCUUUCGCGGGCCUCACGAGAGGCCAUUGAAAAUGGCCUUCACAGUGCGUGCCUCCAAGGACCAUUGCUUGGAUUCCCAAUUCAAGAUGUAGCAAUUACUUUACAUUCAUUGGUAAUUCAUCCCGGUACCUCCACAACUAUGAUUUCUGCCUGUGUCUCAAGAUGCCUACAAAAGGCUCUGAAGAAGGCUGAUAAGCAAAUUUUGGAGCCCCUGAUGAAUCUUGAGGUUACAGUGACUAGAGAUUACCUCAGUCCUGUCCUAGCAGAUCUGGCACAAAGAAGAGGGAACAUUCAGGAAAUCCAGACUCGUCAGGACAACAAAGUUAUUAUUGCAUUUGUUCCCUUAGCAGAAAUUAUGGGUUAUUCAACUGUGCUUCGAACGUUAACAUCAGGCUCAGCUACCUUUGCCUUAGAGCUGUCUAAUUAUCAAGCCAUGAAUCCUCAAGACCAAAGUACACUGCUCAGCCAGAGAAGUGGCUUGUCCUAAGUCCUCGGAGAGAAACUCAGGAGUACCUACCUACUUCAUUUUCAGUAAGAACAACUGAAAAGGUAGAACUUGAAACAGACAGUGGCACUGGUGCUGCCCAUUCUAUUUUAUAGAAUGAGAAACGUGCUUUGAUGUUGAAGGUUAAUGUACCUGAACUGUAUUGUGUAUCUAGGAAGUUAUUACUGCCGGUAGUCAAGAUUCAGUCUUUUGGAAUAUACUGAGUGAUUGAUAGAUAUCACGAGGUUUUUGGUUGGCUGAUUUUAAGCUUCUCUCACAGGAAAGAUGUCAGUCUUCUAUGUAUAAUGUAUAAUAAGAUGGAGGUUCAAUCAAUAAAGAGAUUUUAUUCAAAAACA